CGAAAUACACGAACUUUCUCACCUAUUUUUCUUUUUUUUUCAAAAUAAUUUUCGACACCAAACAUGUGUCGGACAAGCAAAGCUUCCGCUGAGACGAGUGCUCAUCCCAUCUAUGUUAUACUCGGCUCGGGUGGACAUACCGCCGAAAUGUGUAAAAUCAAUCAGGCCCUGCUGCAGCCCAACAAUCCCCAGACGCCGAACAAGCCGGUGCGUUACAUUGUGGCCAACAGCGACGACACCUCCAAGCGCCAAAUGCGCGCCGCCCUGCCCGCGACAAUGGACAGCGACUUUAUCAGUGUGCCGCGCAGCCGGAGCGUGGGCCAGAGCUGGCCGAGCAGCGUAUUCACAACGCUGUGGGCAUUGCUCUGGAGCUGCUGGCUCAUUUGGCGCGACCGGCCGCAGCUGGUGCUGUGCAAUGGUCCGGGCACUUGUGUGCCCUACUGCUAUGCGGCCUACAUGUGGCGUCUGCUCGGCCGCCUGCCCGCCCACAGCAAGAUCGUGUUUGUGGAGAGCUAUUGCCGGGUCGAAACGCUCUCGCUGAGCGGCCGCCUCCUGUUGCCACUGGUGGACAUGUUUGUCGUCCAUUGGCCAGCGCUGGCGACACGCUAUGCCCACAAGCCUAAUCUGCGCUAUUUUGGCAGACUCUUGUAAGAUCGAAAGCAAAAUACCUGUACAUAUGCCUUGUAAACUGAUAUUCCAGAGAGUUCCUUACAAUAAAGUAUCAACCCAAUGACUAA